GAGGCUCGUGAGUCGUGUCGUCCCUCUCUCCCCUAGCUAAGCAAAUCCCGAUGCCGCCCAAAUCGAAGGCGGCGGCGGCGGCGGCGGCCGCCUCGGCGGCGCAGCCGGUCGCCGUGGAGGACCUCUUCGCGGCGCUGCACCGCCACAUCGAGGCCGGGGAGUUCCCGCAGGCCGUAAAGGUCGCCGACCAAGUUCUGGCGGUGGCGCCGGGUGACGAGGAUGCGGUGCGGUGCAAGGUGGUGGCGCACAUCAAGUCCGACGCGACCGAGAAGGCGCUCGCCGCGAUCCGUGCCGCCGAGCGCCUCCCGAUCGACCUCAGCUACUACAAGGCCUAUUGCUUCUAUAGGCAAAACAAACUACAAGAAGCUCUGGAGCUAUUGAGAGGUCAAGAAGAAACUUCUGCUGUUCUUCAGUUGGAAUCUCAGAUUUAUUAUAGGCUAGGUAGAAUGAAUGAUUGCAUGAAUAGUUAUGAGAAGCUCCAGAAAUUUAAGGUUGAAUCGAUGGAUCUGAAAAUAAAUAUCAUUGCUGCUCUGGUUGCUGCUGGAAGGGCCUCUGAAGUUCAGGCAACCAUGAAGGCACAAAAGGUUGAUCUUACCACGAGGGCACUCAGGGAUGCUCGAAGCUUUGAGCUUGCAUAUAAUUCUGCUUGCUCGUUGAUAGAAAAUAAGAAGUACUCAGAAGCUAAAGAGCAGCUGGAUUUGGCAAAAAGAAUUGGGAAAGAAGAGCUUAUGGGGGAAGAUUACGGAGAUGAUGAGAUUGAAUAUGAACUAGCUCCUGUGUCUGCUCAGCUUGCUUAUGUUCAGCAGCUACAAGGACAAACCCAAGAAGCUAUGGAAACCUAUACUAAAAUGACAAGCCAGAACUUAGCAGAUCCUUCUUCACUUGCUGUGGCAACAACCAACCUUAUUUCCUUGAAAGGAACCAAGGACGCUGCCGAUAGCUUGAGGAAGCUUGGCAGGCUUAUUGAAAAAUCUACUGCCCCGAACAAGUUGCAGCUUAUUGAAAGCCUUGAAUUCAAGCUAUCUCCAAGGCAAAAAGAAGCACUGUAUUCUGCACAUGUUCUUUUACUCCUCCAUGCAAACAGAAUCGAUCAGGCACAUGAGCUUGUCAGUGGACUACUUGGUAUGUUUCAGGAUAGCACAUUCCCUGUUUUGCUUCAAGCUGCAGUUCAUGUUAGAGAGAAGAAAAUACAGAAAGCUGAAGAAAUUCUUAGCCGGUAUGCUGAGAAGCAUCCUGAGAAUUCUAAAGGAGUCCUCCUUGCGCUUGCUCAGAUUGCUGCUAGUGCCAAUCAUCUUCAGAUUGCUGCUGACUCAUUAUCUAAAAUAACUGACAUCCAGCACAUGCCUGCUACUGUCGCUACACUAGUAGCCCUAAAAGAGCGUCUAGGUGACUCUAAUGGUGCUUCUUCUGUGCUUGAUUCUGCUAUCCAGUGGUGGAAGAAUUCCAUGACUGAGGAUAGCAAAUUAGAUGUGUUCAUGCGGGAGGCUGCUACAUUUAAGCUCAACCAUGGGCAUGAUGAGGCGGCCUGUCAAUUGUACGAGGAGCUUGUUAAGAGCUUUGGGAGUGCAGAAGCGUUGGCGGGGCUGGUAGCAACUUCAGCACGGACCAACCUUGAGAAAGCUGAACAGUAUGAGAAGAAACUGAAACCAUUGCCAGGUCUGAAGGGAAUUGAUGUUGAGAGCCUUGAGAAGACAUCUGGUGCAAGGCCUUUUGAAGUGCCCAAACCCAUGAAUGAGGACGUUACUGAUGAAGUGAAGAAGCAAAAGGCUAAGAAGAGGAAGAGGAAGCCUAGAUACCCGAAAGGGUUUGAUCCAGCAAACCCAGGGCCACCACCAGAUCCUGAGAGAUGGCUGCCCAAGAGAGAGCGGUCAAGUUACCGCCCAAAGAGGAAGGAUAAGAGGGCUCAGGUCAGAGGUGCUCAAGGAGCUGUGACAAGAGAUAAGCACGAUACGUCUGCAACUUCAUCUGCGAAUGCCAGUUCCUCAUCGAAAGCAAACCAAGCGACCAAGGCUGCAACUGCAGCCUCAGAUCAACCAAAGGGCUCCAACAAGUCCCGGAAGAAAAAAUCGAGAUCUUAGACGACAAAUCCAAACCAUCACAAUUUACAAAAUUAACAGUACAAUAGACUCGCAAUUUUGGUGGUGUUUGCAUUCAUUUGCAGGAUCUGUCAUGCUUUUAAUAUCAUCUUUGGUGGUCGUAUGAGUCUUUGCUGUUGCGAAUCCUAUUAAACUGAUGCGCUCCUGGUUCUUUGCAUGUUAAUGACGUGUGAUAGCACUCUCUUUUAGCA